UCCAGUAAAGAGCGUUCCGAUGUAGAUUGUCCCACUACCCAACCCGUUGGUUUGUUUCCGGAAGUUCGACUGUUUUUAAUGGAUGCUUUUUGUGUUGCCUGUCUAGCUAAGUAGCAUGCCAACUACCAUAGCCUUACUUUCUCUCAAUACAUCUGGUAUUUAUAUUUAUUAGAAUAGCCUCAUAUACAGUAAGUACUACAGCUUAUAUCUCAAAAUGGUAAAACAAUUGCAAUAGGACAGUUAUUGGUGGAGGCAAAAGCGGUUUAGUUACCAGUAUCUUUUCUGCUAAGGUUAGCUAAUUAGCUAGCUUCAUAUCAUUUUGAUAGACUGGAUCGUAACACUGACCAACCUGAACAAAAGUAGGUAAACUUUACGAUCUCAUAACUGUAGCUAGCUACACGUAGACAGUUUGCCAUGAUGUCUGAAGCCAUCGUAACCUUCCAGUCUCAGCUCUCCGGGGUUAUGGAGACGGUCCUAAAGUCAGCCAUAUACGAGAUCACCAGGCUGGUGGAGGAUAGUUUCCUGGAAGAGGUGUUCCGGAGCCGGGAGCAGGUCGAGUCGCUGAAGAAGCGGCUGCAGUGGACGGAGAACAGUCGCAAGGAGAGGGAUAGAGAGGGAGGCCAGAGGGGGAAGUGUGCGGACUGUGGGAGAGCUGACGUGGAGACAAGCUCUGGAACCUCACAGACAGGUGUGGAGAGGGGGUGUGGCCUGAAGCAAGAGAAGGUAUCAGGGGAGGAGUGGAGCAGCUGUGGGGGCGUGGCCGGGGAAACAACCUUCCAUGACCUGGAGGAGGCUGAGGCCACCAGCCCUAGGAGAAUCUCUGAGUCCACAGAGGUUGGAGGUCAGAAGCUGGACAGUCUGCUGAAAGAGGAGCCUCUCCACAACACUGAGCUACAGGAGAGAUGGGAGUUCUGCCUGGAUGGGGCCGAUGGUUCGGACGUCUCGGGGCCCAGUAAGAGUUUCAGUGAGCAAGCACUGCAGCAGUGCCAGGCUGACUGGGGAUCUGUUCUAGACCAGGGGCCUAAACCUCCGGGCCCCGAGGGAGACGCAGGGGACCCCACCGACCCUCUCUACCGCCCUCGUUACAGCAUGAAGGAACUGGUGGGCGGCUUUGAGAAGUCUGAUUGCGACGGAAGUGGUGGUGGCGGCCAUCUUGCAGACAUAGAAGGGCUGGAUAGGUUUCCUGGUUCUCCGUCUCGUCUGGGGGCGAUGAGCUACGGAGCUGUGGGUCACUACCAGGUGGACCUGGGAGGGUCUGAGGGGGGAGACCAUCACCAUCGCUCCCACAUGCCUGACCCCCAUCAGAGGGAGCAGGUGGGGUCGCCAACGCCAUCCCCCCACCCAGAGGUGGGAGAACGGAACUGCCUGUUGAUAAACGAGGAGGGGUACCUGCAGGACUCCAGUGUCUUGUACCCAGAACACGGGGUCCCAGAGUCAGGUAACAGAGCCAGCCACAGGGGGCUAACCUCCAUCCACUCUGGAAGCUCAGCCCACAACAACAACACAGAGAGCCUGUAUGAUGCUGCUGACGACUUUGGAAACUCUUUAAACCUCAGAGAUCGUUCACAAGAGCAGGUAACAGGAAGAGUGAGAGGAGGGGGGAGGUGUCACGCCUGCAAUCAAUGCACCAAGACCUUCCCAGACUCCAUUUCUCUCAAGGCCCACAAGCAGAAACACGAAAUGGGUAGAGGGUUGAGCACAGAGUCUGGACCUCAAUACUUGCGCACCCAGUGCGGUAAGACCUUCACCCAGGCCUGCAACCUCAAGGUCCACCAGCGGGUCCACCAGGCAGAGGGACUCCACCUCUGCAGCCACUGCGGCAAGGGCUUUACCUCCUUCUCCGACCUGAAGAGGCACAAGUGCAGCCAGACCACAGACAAGCCCUACUGCUGCUCCAUCUGUGGGAACAAGUUCAAUCGGCUCUGGAACCUCAAGCUGCAUCAGCGCAUUCACACGCAGGAGAAACCUCACCGCUGCACUAUGUGUGACAAGCGCUUCACACGGGCGGACAAUUUGAAGGUGCACCAGCGUAUCCACACUGGGGAGAGACCAUACUGCUGCGCUGUAUGUGGACUCCGCUUCAAACAACUGGACCAUCUGAAGUCACACCAGCGCAAACACAGGCCGGAUCUCCUGAAAUGAAUUUGUUUUAAAAAAUAUAUACAGUACCAAUCAAAAGUUUGGACACGCCUACUCAUUCAAGGGUUUUAUUUAUUUUUACUAUUGUAGAAUUAUAGUGAAGACAUCAAAACUAUGA